AUGCCAUCAGUUAGCAUCUCUUUUUGUACCUCAAUUGCAGAAGUAUCGCAUGGCUGUUAUUGUGUUUCCUCUACAACAUGUUGUGUAACCGGCGAGAAGUGUUCUAGAAAACAUUCAGAAUCCUCCUCUGCAGUUAUGUCCGAGUAUAGUUUUUCACAUAUUUUGAACUCUUCUAACAGUAUUGGUCUCUUUAUCCGGACUCCCGGCUGGCCGGUUCACAAUCUCCGCCUAAUGGUUGCUGUUUGUCCAUCGUUGUUAAAAGCCGCAUGUUAUUGGCCAAAUGGACAGAAGCCAUACAAUCAAUCUUCAGUAUGUCAUGUAAUUGGUGGCAUGUGUUGA